UCAACACAAACUCCCUCUUGUGGUCAUGGUGACACAGGGUUUCCAUGGUGAUAUUAUCGAGGAUAUAUUUGAUCGGGGACAGGUCAUGGUACUCUGUGCCAUUUCAAGACAGAACCGUGUUGUAGGGAUCUUCACUAUUGGUGGUCACUCAAAACUUAUGAGUAUUCCGGAGGAGUACACGGAAAAGCUGUGCAUUAUUAAAAGAGGAAUAGUCACAAAAGAAGAUCAACUUUACAAGAUACUGCGAAACAACCCGCUUCCAACAUGGGUAGAGUUUCCCAGAGACCGUGUCCUCACUGUGGACAACAGGGGCAUGAAUACAAACCACAUUCCACCAAUAGAGUUAACAAAACGAUUUGAUGAAGUUUAUUUACUGGGAAACACGAUACUAGACGGUAAGCGUUAUACUAAAACACAAUAUGAAAGACGGUUAAAGGUGUUAAAGCCCGGAAUAUUGUACUAG